AUGGCUUUCACUCUGUUGCAUCACAUUUUUUGUGCAUGCAUUAUUCUCUCUUUCGGCUUCGGCCAAGCAAAAUUCGGCUUCAUCAAGAAAUUAGGUUUCAUCAAUCGUCUUCCUACCAUAUACGUUGAUCCAUCAGGCCAUGGCAAUUUCAGAACCAUCCAAUCUGCUAUCGACUCCAUUCCCUCAAACAAUAGCGAAUGGAUUUGUAUUUACAUCAAAGCCGCCGAGUACAGAGAACAAGUGACAAUUCCUCAAGACAAGCCAUUCAUAUAUCUUAAAGGAGAAGGGAAAAGAAAAACUAGUGUUGUUUGGGAUGCUCAUGGCUCAAUUACCACAAGUGCUACUUUCACCUCUGAAGCUGAUAAUAUUGUUGCCAAGAGCAUAACUUUUAGGAAUUCUUACAACAAUCCACCAACAAGCAAUAAUCAAGUGACUGUGGCAGUGGCGGCUUGGAUAUUGGGCGAUAAAUCCGCCUUCUAUAGGUGUGGAUUCUUGGGGUUUCAGGACACUUUGUGGGAUCAUCAAGGGCGACACUACUUCAAGUUGUGCACUAUUGAAGGAUCCGUUGAUUUCAUAUUUGGUGCAGGCCAAUCCAUAUAUGAGAGAUCUUCCCUCUCAGUAAUUUCUAAAUCUAAAAACGGCGGCAUAGGCGUUAUCACAGCACAGGGAAGAGCUACUAAGGAUGAACCUAAUGGUUUUAUAUUCAAGGAUUGCAAUGUGUUUGGGACUGUACCAACCUAUCUGGGAAGACCAUGGAGAGAUUAUGCCCGGGUUGUAUUUUACAAUUCCACCUUCUCAGACAUUGUUGCUCCUGAGGGAUGGGACAUUUGGAAUUCUGGUGGUAGAGAGAAUCAAAUAAUGUUUGCUGAGUAUGGCUGCAAAGGAUCGGGAUCAAAUAAUACAGGCCGUGUUUCAUGGGAAAUGAAGCUGGAUCAAAAGACAUUGUCGACGUUAACUAGCAUGAACUUCAUCGAUAGCGAAGGCUGGAUGAAAGCACAACCAUUCAACAUGUUAGCUUGA